UAAUUAACGGGUAAGUAAUACGGUAUUUGGUAUUUUUUUGAUUUAUCCACCGAUCGAUAACUAUUGCUCUAGCCCUGGUCCCAAUACAUAACAUCUCUGUUUCGUCGCACAUUGAAUAGAACCAAAUUGAAAAGAUGGCGAGUUUGGCUACCAAGGGAUCAGGACUUGUGAACAGGCUCCUCACACAGGCUAGGCCCCAACUGGACGUGUUCCUGAAGUACGCCAAGGUGGAGCUGACGCCCCCGACGCCCGCCGAUAUUCCGGCCAUCCGCCAGGGCCUGGGCAACAUCAUCAAGGGAGCCAAGACCGGCGCCUACAAGAACCUCACCGUUCGCGAGGCCUGGCUUAACACCCUGGUGACCGCCGAGGUCAUCUUCUGGUUCUACAUCGGCGAGUGCAUCGGCAAGCGCCACAUUGUGGGCUACAAUGUCUAAGCUUACUAUAGUCUCCGCUUGGUAGUCACUGGAAUGGGAAAAGUAAUCCGUAACAGAUGUGUAUAUUUAUAUGUCUGCGAACAUUUCGACUCUAAAUAAAGUGAAAUAGUAAUUUAAAAUUCCGAAAUAA